AUGAACCAUCAGCCAUCAAGCUCUGUCGCACACCUCUGGAUGGUGUUGGAGUAUGAUGGAAAGCUGCCAAAAGGAGCCACAAUAGCACAGGUCAUUCUUGCGUCCGAUAAAACAAGUCUCUCACAGUUUCGGGGUGACAAAGCUGCCUGGCCGGUAUAUUUGACGAUCGGGAAUAUAGAAAAGGCCACCCGACAUUGUCCACGGAUGCACGGAGCCAUUUUAUUGGGCUAUCUGCCUGCAACAAAGCUUGACUGCUUCAGCAAAGCAACUCGGUCUGUUGCGGGUUACCGGUUGUUUCACGAAUGUAUGUGGAGGCUCCUGCAGCCACUAGUUGCAGCAGGCAAACAUGGUGUAGAGAUGGUGUGCGCUGAUGGGAGGGUCCGUCGUGUGCACCCGAUACUGGCUGCCUAUGUUGCAGACCAUCCAGAACAAUGUCUCAUUACCUGCACCAAGGAGAGCUUCUGUCCUAAAUGUCGUUUUCACCAAGACAGCCGGGGGGAACCUCUUGCAUCACUUCUGCGAGAUGAAGAUCACACUCUGACUAUAGUGGCCACCUACACGCGCAAGGGGCUGUGCCCUGUGUAUCGCCCAUUCUGGGCAGAUCUUCCGUAUUCCGAUAUCUUCGCUGCUAUCACACCUGACAUUCUUCACCAAUUGCAUAAGGGCGUGUUUCAUGAUCAUCUGUUGAAAUGGUGCACUGAAAUAGCUGGAGAAAACGAGAUUGACGAGCGUUACCGGACAAUGUUGAACUAUCCAGGUCUUCACCACUUCUCACAGGGCAUCUCCCUGGUAUCUCAAUGGACAGGAACCGAGCAUUGUGAGAUGCAACAAGUCUUCAUGGGGGUCUUGGCUGGGGCUGUUCAACCAACAGUCAUUCAUGCUGCAUGUGUGUUCCACACCCAUACAUCUCAGUUGCUUGAUGCCCUGGAGUCAGCGCUACGUGAAUUUCACAACCACAAGCAUAUAUUUGUGGAUCUGGGGGUGCGCAAUGAUUUCAACAUACCCAAAUUACAUGCAAUGGCACAUUACGUGGCGUCGAUCAAGUCUUCGACAAACAAGAAAGACUAUGUUGCCCAGAUGACAAAGUGGUUAGCAAGGCAAGAAUCAGUAGAUCAGUUUGUUGCUUACCUGGACUGGAGAUUGGAGAGAAUAGUGGAUGAUGCGGAAGUUGCCAGUGCCGGCGAUAUUGAUGAUGAAAGUGGUGAAGGUGGCACAUCAAAUGCGGAUGUUUCAGUGGACAAACAACCACCAACUCCAGGCGACACACCUUUGUCUCAUGUCCUGGCUGCUCAUCCACCAUUUCAAGCUCUGACGGUUGAUUCUAUUGCCCAGACCUUUGGCACAGUCAACUUCUUUGCAGCCCUGACACAAUACCUUGGUCACGCUGUUCCAAACCCUCCCUCGCAACCACAAUUGUCAGUUUCUCAUUGGGAUUGCUUCGACGCUUACCGGCGGCUCUCAAUCCCUUAUCCUCGUUUAUGCCCUGUUCAUAUGUUAAAGUUGAUGGACCAGAUCCAUGCAGUACCCUACAUCCCCCCUUCUGGUCGGUCUGCUGGUUCACAAGGGCGUUUUGAUAUGGUCCUUGUGCAAACAGAAAGGAACAUCAAUGCACACACUCAGGGUAUGGUGUUGGAAGAUCUUCAAGUCGCACAAGUCCGCCUGAUAUUCGACUUACCGAUGCACCUGCGCAUGGCUGGCCAGCCUUUCCACCUUGCACUCAUCGAAUGGUUCAAUCCUUUUCGCGGACGUGAUACAUUGUCACAGCUGCAUGCAGUCUCUCGUUCGUAUGCUGGUCAAGCACCUCAUACUGAGGUGAUCCCCAUCAGUCGAAUCAUGGGUAGCUGUCACCUUAUACCCAAGUUCGGCACACACAUUGACCGAACGUGGAGACCAGAUUUCAUCUUUGACACAUGCAAAACAUUUUAUCUUAACCCGUGGAUUGACAUGCAUAGCUUCUACAAAUUCAAAAACACCUGA